UCUUAACAUCCAAACUCCUCCCUCUCUCUCUCCCUCUCUACUUUCCCUAUUUCUGUUCAACACGCUCACUCUCAGCUGCUAGCACCACAGGUACUCAUCACGAGAACCCAAACAAACCCAGCUGCUGGCUAGCACCACGGUUACCCCCCCGCCAUACUCAGCUGCUGCUAGCACCGCAGCUACUCGUCACAACCCCCCCCACCAACAAACUCAGCAGCUUCUCUCUAAUGGCUGGCUAUUAUUUUGCCAAGCAACUAUGAAAAUCACCGGAAAACCACUCUCGACGGCCAAGCUGGACUUAUUAGAUCUUAAGCCUCGAAGGAAAACCCGAAAUCCGAGCCUGAUCCGAUUGAGGAGACCACCCGAGACGCCUUUGUUGAGAUGGAAGAUCCAAGAAGAUAAACAUAAGGAUAAUAAUGAUAGGAAUAGGAAUGUAGGCGUUGAGGAGGAGGAUAGUGGUCGCCAUCGCAGUUUCCGUCUGAGAGGUCACGUCUCGGCGAGGAAGCUUGCCGCUGGGUUAUGGCGGCUUCAGCUGCCCCAUACCGUCCGUGAAGAGAGGUGGAGGGAUCAGUUAGGGUUUCAGCAUGGUAUGGGCCAUCUCGGCAUCGCAGUUGUACCUCAUCACAACGACAAAGUGUAUGUUCCUGAUGCAAACAAUCUUCUGGGGAACUCUACUGGUGCGAGGAACAGAUUCUUGUGCAAGCCUGGGCCCACGUUUCAGUUUUCCAACUCUGCUAUGGAGGGCGCAACUAAGUGGAACCCUGUAUGCUUGGAAAGAUCAGAUGAGCUACAGCAGUCCCAUAGCCAGUUGAAGUGUCUUGAUCAACAGGUGAGUGCUGUCUCUGUGGUUUCUGCACUUGAAGCUGAACUAGAGCAGGCUCGAGCACGCAUUCAGGAGCUUGAGAUUGAGCGUCAAUCUUCAAAAAAGAAAGUGGAGCACUUCUUGAAGAAAGUAAGCGAGGAAAGGGCUGCAUGGAGGAGCAGAGAGCAUGAGAAAAUCCGUGCAUCAUUUAGUGACAUUAAAGCUGACCUGAGCCAUGAAAGGAAAAAUCGUCGAAGUUUGGAAAUUGUAAAUUCCAAGCUGGUUAAUGAUCUGGCUAAUGCAAAAGUAUCAGCAAAGAGAUAUAUGCAGGACUGUGAAAAGGAAAGGAAGGCGAGAGAAUUGAUCGAGGAAGUAUGCGACGAGCUCGCUAAGGAAAUUGGUGAAGACAAGGCUGAAGUUGAAGCAUUAAAGAGGGAGUCCUUGAAACUCAGAGAGGAAGUUGAUGAGGAAAGGAGGAUGUUGCAGAUGGCUGAGGUUUGGCGUGAAGAACGUGUCCAAAUGAAGCUAGUUGAUGCCAAGGUGGCCCUUGAAGAGAAGUAUUCCUACAUGAACAAUCUUGUAGCUGAUUUAGAAGUUUUUCUAAGGUCAAGAAGUGCAACCCAAGGUUUAAAGGAAAUGAAAGAAGCUGAAUCUGUCAUACAAGCUGCCGCCUCGGUGCAUAUUCAGGAUAUAAAGGAAUUCACGUAUGAGCCCCCAAACCAAGAUGAUAUCUUUUCUAUUUUUGAGGAUGUCAACUUUGGUGAAACGAAUGAUAGAGAAAGUGAACCAUGCAUUGCUUACAGCCCUGCUAACCACGGAGCAAAAAUUUACACUGUGAGCCCUGAAGUUGACGUGAUUAACAAGGACGGCAACCAUGGACAUUCUGAAGCCUUUGUUCAUCAGAAUGGUGAUAUAGAAGAAGAUGAGAGUGGGUGGGAAACCGUGAGUCAUCUUGAAGAUCAGGGCUCAAGUUAUUCGCUAGAUGGCAGCAUCCCAUCUGUCAACAAGAAUUGCCGGGAAAGUAACGUCUCAGGUAGUGCAACUGAAUGGGAAGAAAAUGCAUGUGAUGAAACCCCGAUCACUGAUAUCAGUGAAUUGUGCUCUAUGCCAAGAAGACAGUUGAAGGCGUCUUCUAUCACUAGGUUUUGGAGAUCUUGUCCGAACAAUGGGGACAGCUACAAAAUAAUCUCAGUGGAUGGGUUGAAUAGUAGGCUUUCAAAUGGAAGGAAAUCUAAUGCUGGAAUAAUGUCUCCAGAUAAGGUGUCUGGUGAAAGUGGAAUCAGCCCCCCGGAUUUGGUGGGGCAGUGGAGUUCGCCUGACUCUGUGAAUCCUCACAUGACUCGAGGAAUGAAGGGCUGCAUUGAUUGGCCGCGAGGACAUAAGAACAGCUUGAAGGCAAAGCUCUUAGAGGCAAGGAUGGAGAGUCAGAGAGUCCAGCUGCGCCAUGUUCUUAAACAGAAGAUUUAGAUGCAGGCAAUGCAAGCCUUGUUUAUGAAUAUUGCUCAUGAAACCAAAUGGAAAUAAAUAGCACCAUUUCUGACUUGGCAAAAUGAGAAAAUGCAUCGGUUUCUUUCA